GUACGACAACAUUUUAUUCUUGCAUUGGCAUAUUAAGCAACUUAAUGCAGACGCUAAAUACCAAUAGACUAUCCUUAAUAUAUCAAAACCAUAAACUUUAAUAUGAGCAUGCGCAUAACAUAUAAGACUAUAAAUCGUUUUUCCUAAUAUUUAUAAAGUGUUUGUUUUGGAAAAUGCUGCAAGAUCAUGCAAUGAAUCGGAAGGGAUCUUAAAGCGUCAAUGACUGACUCACGCAAUGAAUCGGAAGGGAUCUUAAAGCGUCAAUGACUGACUUACUGUCAUCAUUCCAAUGGUAAUCACAUAAAAUGUUUCACAAGGAUUCCAGGAAAAGGUGCAGAAUUAUUCCAACAGGUUUCACAUGUAAAAGAAAUACUGUCGGAAUGUGAAAUUACAGUCGGAUGUGGCAAUACUUUUCGGAUAUCUUUCGACAUAACACAAAUAUUUGCACAUACUGAUUAGUUUGCUGUACCUUACCAAUUCUAGCAAAUAACAGCAAUCAUAAUCGGAAAGAUUUUGCAGCAAAUGAUACCUGGAAGUUUCAUUGAAUUUCAAAUAUUUCAAAUAUUGCAACAAAUUUUCGAUUCAAACACUUCUUUCUAAUUGGUGACAAUGAAUAAAUGAACAGUAUUAGCCAGACUGUGAUAUGUUAAUUUCCUAAGUAUGCUACAAUUUUUGAUGAUGUUGAAACAAUAGAAAUAUUCAACUAAUGAUACACUGAUAAUAUAGAUGUGAUUGUUUAUAUUGUAGAUAAUCAAUUGAUAAAAUUUUUUCACCAGAUAUAAAUUGGUCAAAUAUAUAUUUUGCAACAUAUUCAUUAAUUGAAUUUAUUUAGUACAAGAUCUGUUUAAAUUCGAAAAAUGGAAGUCUCUGGCAAAAAAGCGUUAAAAGACGAAAAUAUUGAACACUGCAGUUUCUGUAAAGAUUAUGACAUAACAACGUAUGCUGAUGGGUUCUGCUUGGAAUGCGAAGUCUACAUUUGUGAUGCAUGUUUUGUAAAACAUAAAGGACGAAGAGUUAAUAGAAAUCAUUCUCUAGUUAAUGUUGAGGAUUCAAAUUCAGUCAGAACACACGUUGAUGAUACAUAUGAUACAUGUCAACAUCACAAUGGAGAACUUGUGAAAUUUUAUUGCUCAAAGCACGACCAAGUUUGCUGUGGAGAUUGUACAGUAUCAAACCACUAUGGAUGCAAGAUGGAGUUCAUCAGCAACAAAGCUGUUAUCUUUGAAAAUAGUCAGGAUUGCAAAAAUCUAAGAGAGGGGUUGAACAAGUGCAAGACACAGGCUGAAUAUAGUGUGUCAUUGAUAGCAACAAACAGACAACAGCUUUCCGACUUCUAUGCAAAAUUUGUCCGGGACGUGGAGACAUUCGCAGAAGAAGUGAUAGAGCGUAUAAACUCGAUGAAGAAAAACAUUCAAAAUCAAGGCAAAGACUUGAUGUUGAAUGACAAGAGAAAAAUGGAUGAUAUUCAGAAGGAGACCGAAGACUUGAUAGCUGAAUUAUCACACCUCAUCAGCCUACUAGAUUCUAAAAAAGAUCAACCUAACAAGCUGUUUGUAACUUCACUACUGGUAAAGCCGGAAUUAAAAAGGGCGCAACAUAAUAUUAGUAUUAUAAGGGAAAAAAAUACAGUGAAUUUGUAA